CCCACCUUGUAAAUUUUGCAUGUUUUAGUCAUUCUAAUAACAAAAUUAGAUUUCUGAAAAGUAGUAAGACAAAAUGUGGAUUAAAAUAUUUGAAUAUACAAAUGUUUUAGCUGGCCUAACGGUCUUCAUAUUUUGGUUUUAUUUGCAAAGAAAACCCAAAAGCUUUCCUCCUGGUCCUCGAGGUCUGCCGCUCGUCGGUUACAUUCCGUUCAUGGUUAACAACUCCGCAAAAACUUUUAUGAAAUUGAAAGAGAAAUACGGAUCAGUUGUCUCUGUUCAAUUUGGACAAGAAGAUUGGGUCAUUCUAAAUGAUUAUGACACCAUUAACGAGGCAUUUGUAAAACAAGGACAAAAGUUUUCCGGGAGGCCCUACAAUCUUUAUUUCGAGCUGAUAACCAAAGGCCGCGAGUUCUUGACAAUGGAUUAUGGACCAACAUGGAAAUCUUUGAGCAAAUUUGGCCAUGCCACAUUGAAAGAAAUGGGCGUGGGCAAGAAAAAGGUGGAAACAAGAGCUGUUGAAGAAACGAGAUUCUUGAUUGAUAGUUUGACAUCGAGCAACGGAGAGAGCAUUCGUAUGAAAUUGAAUCUCGCGUUAUCCAAUAUGGUUUGUCGGAUAGUGUUGGGUUCCAGGUUCGAUUAUCACGAACACAAAUUCAGGCAUAUUGUCGAGAUAAUUAUGAAACAGUCUGGAGUCAACUCUCAUACACAUAUGUUAUUUGCUGUUUCCAUAGCACCUUUUUUGCGUUUUAUCCCUCCGUUCAGCAAAUUUGUGAAAAUUACAUCUGACGAAACAGAGUGUCUUAUGGCAUAUCUACGUGAUUUUGUAGAAGAACACGAAUCUAACUUUGAUGAUUCAGACAUCCGGGACUUUAUCGAUGCUUUUAUGAAUGAAAUGAAGAAACGAGGAAAAGAUGAUGAUGCUUUCAACAAAAUUCAACUCAUUAGAUACGUUCGUGACCUUAUCCAUGCUGGAUCAGUUAUACCCAGCGUUACGUUGACUUGGGCUUUGCUCGCUCUGGUCUGCUACCCGAAAUGCCAAGAAAAAAUAGCAGCGGAAGUAUUCGCAACCUUGGGUGAGGACGGUGUUCCUUCAAUGGAUCAUAGAGAUAAAAUGCCUUACACCUGUGCCUUUAUACAAGAACUAAUUAGACAUAAAAUUUUGGCGCCUUUAAGUAUAUUCCAUAGGAACAACGAAGAAGCGAAUAUCAAUGGAUACACUAUCCCGAUAAAUACAACGAUUGUUCCAAACAUUUGGGCAGUUCAUAACGACCCCAAAUACUUUGAGAAUCCGAGAGAAUUUCGACCUGAGAGAUUUCUCGACCGCGACGGAAAAUUCUGCAGAUCAUAUCACGUGAUUCCGUUUUCGAUCGGCCUUCGACGUUGUAUGGGAGAACCACUUGCAAGGAUGACGCUAUUUGUAUUUCUAACGGGAAUUAUACAAAAGUUGCAAGUGUUGCCAGAUCCUGUCAAGCCCCUUCCUCCAUUCGAUGGCGAUGUAAAUCCUAUUAUCACAUACGAGCCACCUCAGUUCGAUGUUGUUUUUGAACGACGAUAAAGUGUUUUUUGUUUAUAAAUGAAAAAAAUCAGCUUUUUAUAUGUGGGGUAAAUAGCAUAUAAAUAACGUGACCUAGUUAUGAAUUUAUUUCUCAAAAACAAUAAUAAUUUGGAAAAACAGUUGAAAUAUUGUGCGCAUAUUUAUAGGCUAAUAGGGUUUGUGAUUAAGUGCAAGUCAUAUUUCCUCUUUUAAAAUCAAUCAAAUACUCUUUAAAAUAGCAAUCAAAACAUAGCAAUUGAUGUCAUGGUUUAAUAAAAUGGACAAGCAA